AUGUCGCUGCCAGUGCCCAACAGCACCGUGGUGUCAUGGGCAGAGCUGGAGCGGUCACCCUGUCUUGUCGGCAUCGUGCCCAUUGUGUACUACAGCGUCCUGCUGGGGCUGGGGCUGCCAGUGAACAUCCUGACUGCCGUGGCCCUGUCCCGCCUGGCCACCAGGACCAAGAAGUCGUCAUACUGGUACCUGCUGGCCCUGACCACCUCCGACAUCCUCACCCAGAUCUUCAUCAUCUUUGUGGGCUUCAUCCUGCAGACGGCCAUCCUGGCACGGGCAGUGCCCAGCGCCUUCAUCCACACCGUCAACGUGCUGGAGUUCACGGCCAACCAUGCGUCCACCUGGGUCACCGUGCUGCUGACCGUGGACCGCUACGUGGCUCUGUGCCACCCGCUGCGCUACCGCACCGUGUCCUACCCACGGCGCACCCGCAAGAUCAUCGCGGCCGUCUUCGCCGCGGCGCUGGCCACCGGCAUCCCCUUCUACUGGUGGCUGGACAUGUGGCGUGACGCCGACCCCCCCACGGCGCUGGACACGGCGCUCAAGUGGCUGCACUGCGUCACCAUCUACUUCCUGCCCUGUAGCGUCUUCCUGGCCACCAACUCCGUCAUCAUCCGCAAGCUAAAGCGGCGCAGACGCGCGGGGGGCGGCAAGACCACGGCCCUGCUGCUGGCCGUCACCACCGUCUUCGUGGUGCUCUGGGCUCCCCGGACCAUCGUCACCAUGUGCCACCUCUACGUGGCCUCGGUCAGGAGGGACUGGCGCGUGCACCUGGCCCUGGACAUCGCCAACAUGGUGGCCAUGCUCAACACCUCCCUCAACUUCUUCCUCUACUGCUUCGUCAGCCAGACCUUCCGCCGCACGGUGGGCGAGGUGCUGCGGGGUCACCCCCGGGCAGCCCCCCGCGGUGGCAGCGGGCACUUCCCACCCCCAGCCCUGAAACCGCUGAAGCUGCUGGGCAACACCGCGCUCUGA